UACGCCGACUACGGCCUCAAUUAUUAAUUAUUAUUCGUCAAUGCACCUGUCCUUGUUCUUUUUUUAACCGAGAAAACAUAAAAUGGAAAUAAUUGUACAACCAAUAUUAGUUUGCCACACUGAUUUUCAAAGAUGUAAUAUUCGUUUUCUGUGUAUGCACUGUGUAUUGCCAGAUAAGUUCCUUCCUAGUGGAUUCAGGAUUGGACAACAAUUUUUAAAAAUAACCGUCGUCGUCCAAAGAAUUUUGUCUUCAUUAUCUAUUGAAUAUUUUUAAUUCUGUAUUUUCUAUUUCCAAAUUCUUUAGUUCUGUAUAUUAAGCUUAUGUAGUUGUGUUGAUGUCUCAAAAUAAUAACUAUCAAAGUAUCAAGUAUCAACACUAUCAACAAUCAACAUUUAUGCGCCUGUUGAUUUCCUGAAAUCAUUUUUCAUUAGUGUUUUAUAAUAUUUCACAUAGUAUCUUCGGUCUCGUUUGUUCUUAGUUUUUUUACAAAUCCUCCAAUCAACAUAGUUUUUCAAAUCUUGGGACAUUCAUUGUUUUCUGUCAUUUAUAAUUUUUCGUCUGUUUUUCGACCUUCCUUUUCCUCGUUUGUUAACCAUGAGUAGUUUCGCGCUCAAGUCAAAAGAAAACCGAAUACAGAGACCGCGGAUACCUCCGGUAACCACCGUUUCCUCAAACACAUCGUCCGCAUCUGGUCGUACCGUGGGUUUUGGAACGACCACGACCACCGUUACUACUGCAAAACCAACAACUGCAAAACCAGUUGGUGCGCAGUACCGCCGAUCAGUAACUACAGCUAUUAGCAAGACACCGGAUUUAUUACAUCCGCCCAAGUUUGGUGGCCAACAGCUGUCCAACCGCAGUUGCAAGCCAGACAUCACUAAAAAUCUGCCUACCAAAACCACACAGAAACCACCAUCACAACCAUGUGAACCGACAACCCAGACAAGGGUUCCCUCCAAAGAAGUAUUUAAAAUUCCAACUGUGGCCAAUAUACCAAAAAGAACUGCACAAGUGACUAAACCACCUACAACUGUUAAUCAACUCCAGAAUAAUAUGAAAGCAGCCAGUCUUGAAGAAAAACCUUGUACUGAUCAAGAAAAUAAUAAAAAUAUGGGUCUAACAGAUAAAAAAGACGAAAUGAAAUGGACUUUGGAUAAUUUUGAUAUUGGAAAAGCUUUGGGAAAAGGAAAAUUUGGAAAUGUGUAUCUUGCCAGAGAAAAGAGCUCUGGAUAUAUUGUUGCACUUAAAGUUUUAUUUAAAACGCAAAUUUUAAAAGCAAAUGUUGAGCAUCAGCUCAAAAGAGAAAUUGAAAUUCAAACACAUUUAAGGCACCCUAAUAUUGUACGUAUGUUUGGAUAUUUCCAUGAUGAUGCUAGAGUAUAUAUGAUCCUAGAGUAUGCACCCAAACAACUUUAUAAAGAACUACAAGCUCAAGAAAAUCAACGUUUCUCUGAAGUUAGGGCAGCAUUGUAUAUUAAGCAAUUAACAGAAGCAUUGAUUUAUUGCCAUGAUAAAAAUAUUAUACAUCGUGAUAUAAAACCAGAGAAUCUUCUACUUACUAAAGCUGGUGACUUGAAAAUUGCUGAUUUCGGGUGGUCUGUACAUACACGUGAUUCCAAGCGUAUGACAUUAUGUGGAACCUUGGACUAUUUACCACCAGAAAUGGUCAGUGGCAACUCUCAUGAUAAAUCAGUUGAUGUGUGGAGUGUAGGUGUUUUAUUAUAUGAGAUUUUAGUUGGUAAACCACCUUUUGAAGCUCCAACAUAUGAAGAAACGUAUAAAAGAAUAUUAAAUGCCCAAUAUAUUUUCCCACAACAUGUUGCUCCACUUGCUAGAGAUCUCAUAUCACGUUUAUUAAGAGUAAAACCGGAGAGUCGUUUACCUCUCCAAGAAUUGUUACUACAUGACUGGAUAAAACUACACACAAAUCUCUAAAAGUAAUGAAAAUUUUAAGAUUUCAAUUUUAUGAUAUCUCUAUUUUUUUACAUAACCAUAUAAAAAAAAAAAAAUGUUUAAUUAGACUUAUUUUACUAAUUAAAUUUUUCUAUUUUAUUUGUGAUAGUAUCACUUUGAAUUGCAUUAUUAAUAAUUAUUGACUUUGAGCAUUAAUAAUAACAGAUUUUUGUAUAUAAGACUUUUUGUCAUAUUUUAAAAGCUCAUAAGUCUUACUUUGGUAAUUUUAUUAUAUUUAAAAAAAUGAAUUGUGUCAUAUAUUUUAUAUGCACCAUCAUUAUAUUUUACUACACUUAUAUAAAAUAUGUACUAAGUAAAAUAUAAUUUUGCAAUAGUUCUUUAAUUAUUAAUGCAGAUAUAAAAAAAAAUGUGGAAUAUUUUUAGUUAUUAUUUUCUUGUAUAUUAGUUUAAUUAAUUUGUUUCCUCUCUAUGUAAAAAUAAGUCCACACUAAACUGUGAUUUAUAUAUACUCAAUAAAUUCCAUUUUAUUGGAUACUUGUUUAAUUAAAAACAAACUAUAAUUUUAAUUUGUACAUACUAAUAGUAUAUUAUUUUUGACAUUAUGUUUAGUUUUUAACAUGUUGUAAAUCAAAAUAUUUUUAUGAAUAAAGUAAAUAAAAUAAAUACUUGAUAAUGUUUUUUUUUA